GUCUGCCCUUGUAAUGACAUUGAAUCGGCUACUAAAAAAUUUUGCCAUUUCGAUAACCACCAAGUACCUUCCUCGAAUACAGACAUAUUUUCCGGUCCGACCGUCUGUUGGAAUAAAAAAAUUCGGGCAAAGAUUAUCAUCUUGUGAUAGCAACGUAAAAAGUAAAGGAAGUACCAUGGCUUUCAACAAAUUGAGCAUUGAAAGUUUAGAUCUAAAUGGCAAACGAGUGUUGAUGAGAGUGGACUUCAAUGUCCCGAUCAAAGAGGGCAAGAUUACAAGUAAUCAGCGUAUUGUGGCCGCUUUGGAUAGUAUAAAACAUGCCCUGGACGCAAAAGCCAAGUCUGUUGUACUCAUGUCCCAUCUAGGUCGCCCAGAUGGACAAAAAAAUCUAAAAUAUACUUUGGCCCCCGUUGCUGAUGAGUUAAAGCGACUUCUGGGUAAAGAUGUGAAAUUUUUGCCCGACUGUGUUGGACCUGAAGUGGAAAAAGAAUGUAAAGAUCCAGCAGUUGGCACUGUAAUUUUGUUGGAAAAUUUGAGAUUUUACAUUGAAGAGGAGGGAAAAGGUCUUGAUGCAAGUGGAGCAAAAGCGAAAGCUGAUCCUGCAAAAGUUAAAGAAUUCCGUGAGAGCCUGGCCAAGCUUGGAGACGUUUAUGUAAAUGAUGCAUUUGGCACUGCCCAUCGUGCUCACAGCUCUAUGAUGGGCGAAGGUUUCGAAAAACGUGCGGCUGGGCUAUUGUUGAAUAAAGAACUGAAGUACUUCGCACAGGCUCUAGAUAACCCUCCACGACCAUUCUUAGCUAUUUUGGGUGGCGCUAAAGUAGCCGACAAGAUUCAAUUGAUUUCAAAUUUGUUAGACAAAGUUCAUGAGAUGGUGAUUGGUGGUGGUAUGGCCUUCACUUUCUUGAAAGUACUCAAUAAUAUGAAGAUCGGAUCGUCGCUUUUUGAUGAAGAAGGCUCAAAAAUCGUCAAUGAUUUGGUCGCGAAAGCUAAGAAAAAUAAUGUCCAACUACAUUUACCAGUAGAUUUUGUAUGCGGAGAUAAAUUCGCAGAAGACGCAAAAACUUGCGAAGCAACUGUUGAAGAAGGUAUCCCUGAUGGCUACAUGGGUCUGGACAUCGGACCAAAAACUAGGGAGUUGUUCAAAGAACCUAUAUGCCGUGCAAAAAUCAUCGUUUGGAACGGUCCAUCUGGCGUUUUUGAAUUCCCCAAUUUUUCUCACGGUACAAAAGCCGUCAUGGACGCUGUGGUCUCAGCAACUGAAAGUGGCACUGUUUCUAUCAUUGGAGGUGGUGAUACAGCAUCAUGCUGUGCCAAAUGGGGUACAGAAUCCAAGGUAUCGCAUGUUUCAACCGGAGGUGGUGCUUCGUUAGAGUUACUUGAGGGCAAGACACUGCCAGGUGUAGCUGCUUUAAGCAAUGCUUAAGAAAUGCAAUGUUAAGUUGGUAAAACACAAUCAACUGUACGUUACGAAACUUUCGCAUAGUAGAAAUAUAGAAAAAUUAUGCAUUACUAUUACAAAAAACAUUAAGAAACUGCUUACUGAAUAGGAUUCAGUUAUUUGUUCAAAAUAUAAUAUCAAAAUCAAGUAAUCAUUUAGAUGUUGAAUAAAAAUACCUAUAAACUUGCACAAUUUAA